GAUGUUAAAGAGGAAGCAUCGAGAAGUUCCUAAAGUAUGUCACCAGAUUAUCAGAUGCAUGGGAGAAGGGAGGAAGAGUCGUGGUGGAAACAAGCCCUAUUCCACGAAGAAAAACAAUACAAAGGAGUAUAAAUUUAGCUUCGACAGGAAUUUCAAUCAUAAAACAGGCGUAUCCUGGGAUAAAAUGAUAGGUAAGAACGAAGUUAAGUUGCUGUCCAACCUGGCCCACCAUCCUUACCAAACGACUCCUACAGUAAUAACAGACCGGGUACACAAUAUCUCGGAUGUAGUACCGGGAGUUUCUAUAGGACCUAAGUUCUGGGACCACGAUACCGGAGACACUCUGGCUGGAGGUAACGAAGAAGCUGCAAAGAUCAACAAUUUCCUCCACCUAACACCGCCCAUGAUACAACUGCACACUGCUGAACUGAAGAAAUUGUGCAAUCCGCCCCCCGACAAGCCGACCCAUUGUCUGAGGCAGUACACUACUAACUACGUGUAUGCAGCCCCCUCUAUAAAACACCCCUUAUCACGUGAGGUCUCUGUCCGUGUUGAUAUUAAGAACCUGGACCUGGACCCAGACACGGAACUGUACUUCCGGGACCUGGUGUCCGCUAACCAGAACAUGAAACUCAGUGACCUGCAUCCUAAAACUUACGAGCAUUGGAGACUGCCCAAAAUAUUCCGAGAUAUCCCAGUGCUGCUAGAACUGGACGGAGACUCGUUAACUAUACACGCUAAACAGUGUCCUACACGCCAACAGAACCUUAGUCUUUGUUACUACCGGUUAUCUGGGUUCAUACAGGAAGCAGUGGAUCUUAAACCUGUUUACAAGGAACUGGUGUUGGAGAAGCUGAUAACUGAUUUUGUAUUUGAUCAAGAUGAGGCUAAAAUAGUUCGCUUUCAGGAGAAGAACUUUGUGGAACUCAAACUGGCUGAUGACGGAGGAGUACUAGGAAUGACCGGAAGUAAAGAAGCUGUCUCCCAAGCAGAGCACAUCAUAACCGAGAUAUCUGAGGAUGUGGUGACGGAAAGAGUGGAAAUUCCUGAACCCUUUACUAGCUAUAUUACGGACCAUUGUAAAGCGUUUAAAGAUUUGCUCGCUGCUCACGAAGCUAUUUACUCUGAUUCUCAUAUAGUUACAUUCUCUGAUACUUUACAGAACGUUACAGAGGAGCUCUCUACCCUGCUCUCCACACUAACACACUUCACCCUGCCCUGUCCGUCCCACAUAGUACAGUUUGUAAUGACACCCCGCUUCCUGGAGGGGGCAGCUAACUACGACGCCAGGGUGACACCUGGUGAUGAUGGGUGUUUGGAAGUGAUUGUUAGUGAGGAGUACAGGAACGUUUUCACUUCGCUUCUCAUCGCGCGUGUCCAGGCAGUCGAAGAGACAGUCGUGACUCAAGAUAUACCUUGUUCACAAGAUGUCAACUGGGACAGACUCAGCAAACAGUUUGACGCUCACGUUACGAUCAAAGAGAAUAGUAUCUCAGUAACAGCAUCACCUGACAAAGUUAAAGAAGUGGGAUUCUUUCUUAAGCAGCGGGAGAAACACAUUAGAUCUCAGUAACAGCAUCACCUGACAAAGUUAAAGAAGUGGGCUUCUUUCUUAAGCAGCGGGAAAAACACAUCAGAUUGUUAUAACCAAAUUAUGUUAACAGUUUAAAUGACAUUAAGUGUAAUGGACUCUGGUGUGAAUCAUAAUAUUGCGAAUGGCUGGCUUAGUUUGAGGGUCAUUUGGAUGUUGGAAGCUUGCGUUUACUUCCAGUUUAUAGGCGUCAGCGAUCAACAUGUUGAUUGCGAUGCAUUACCAAUACCAGGCCGCGCCGCGCGUCAUUACCAUUUAGAAUGCUUCUCUGGUUCGGUUGCGAUAACUAUAAGCAUUCUAUGAUGCGCGGUGCAGCCCAGUAGUGCAUCCGCUACAACUUAAUUACCAGGUGUUGUUGAAAUGAAUAAUGUUGUAAAUAUUCGAUUAUAAUUACAACACUGGAUGGGCUUUGUCCUAAAAAUUCAA